AUGGAGGAAGGAGGAGGGAGCGGCGUGGGUGGGAUGCAGGGACCUGCAUCUAACCUUCUCGACGCCGGGGCGCAGGCGUUCUACCCCGCCGUCGGCGCGCCGUUCCCGUUCCAGCUGGUCCCGCCGCACCAGCUGUACUGCCCGCAGGCGUACCAGGUCGUGCCGGCGGUGCCCGUGCCCGUGCCGCCGCCUCCGCCGCUGCCGGCGACGAUGGCGCCGCAGCCUGGGUACUGCGUGCCGGCGGCCGCGACGGUGGUGGAUGGCCCGGCGAGCCGGGCGGUCGUGCUGAGCCUGGUGCCGCCGCACGCGCCGGAGGACGAGAUCACCCGCGCGAUGGCGCCGUUCGGCGCGGUGCGCGCCGUGGACGCGUCGGCUGUGCCGGCCGAGGGCGUGGCGACCGUCUACUUCUUCGAUCUCCGCGCCGCCGAGCUCGCCGUCACGGGCGUCCAGGAGCAGCACAUCCGGCAGCAGUGCCGGCUGGGGCAGCUCUACGCCGCCGCCGCCUCGUCCCCGACCUGGCCCCCGCCGUCCAGCUGGGACUGGCCCCACGACGACAACCGCGGCCUCGUCCUCGGCCAGGCCGUGUGGGCCCACUUCGCCGCCGCCUCCACCGUCCCCGACGACGGCGCCAGCCGCGGCUCCCUCGUCGUGCUCAAUUCCCUCCCAGGCGUCUCCCUGUUCGAGCUCCGCGAAGUCUUCCAAGCAUUCGGUGACGUGAAGGACGUGAGGGAGUCGGCGCAGCGGCCGAGCCACAAGUUCGUCGAGUUCUUCGACACGCGCCACGCCGCGAACGCGCUCGCGGAGCUCAACGGCAGGGAGCUCUUCGGCCGACGCCUCAUCAUCGAGUACACACGCCCUUCCCUCCCCGGCACGCGGAGGCGCGGUCACGUCUCGCACCAGCCCUUGGCCCCGACGCCGCCGAGGCUGCAGGCGGCGUGGCGCCCGGCGGCGCCGGCGCCGGUACAGGCGCAGCCGUCGUCGUCUGGCUCGGGCAAGGCGAGAGAAGGCGUGGUGCUUCUACGGAGGAGCUCAGGGAAAGGUAGCUCGGGUAGCCAGUCCAAGGGGGGCAACGCGGGCCACGAGCAGAAGCGGAAGGGCGGCAAGAGCGCGGCGACGGCGUGUUCCGCAGCGGCUUCGGCAUCGUCGUCGUCGUCGUCUACCGCAACGGCACCCAGCAAGCAAGGCCAGAAAGGCGGCGGCGGCGGCCGUGGCGGGAGCUGGAGGGGCCAGAAGAGCGGGUGGGAGGCGCGGUUCCUAUUCAAAGAACCCGAUGCGUCCGCCGCCGGCGACGCCUCCUCGGAGACUCAAGAGCCGGCGACCUGCAAGGACACGAGAACGACCGUCAUGAUCAGGAACAUACCAAACAAGUACAGCCAGAAGCUGCUGCUCAACAUGCUGGACAACCACUGCAUCCUCUCCAACCAGCAGAUCGAGGCGAGCUGCGAAGACGAAGGCAGCGACGGCCAGCCAUUCUCCUCCUACGAUUUCCUCUACCUCCCCAUAGAUUUCAACAACAAGUGCAAUGUAGGCUAUGGCUUCGUCAACCUCACCUCGCCGGAGGCCGCCGUGCGACUGUACAAGGCGUUCCACAAGCAGCCGUGGGAAGUGUUCAACUCGCGCAAGAUUUGCCAAGUCACUUACGCACGCGUACAAGGACUGGACGCGCUCAAGGAGCACUUCAAGAACUCGAAGUUCCCGUGCGACAGCGACGAGUACCUGCCCGUGGUGUUCUCGCCGCCGCGCGACGGCAAGCUGCUCACCGAGCCGGUGCCGCUGGUCGGCCGCUCGCCGGCUCCGUCGUCGGCGUCGGGGGCGUCGUCGCCGCCCAAGAGGCGCGCGGCCAGCGUCGACCCACUCGCGCAGGAGCUCAUGACAGCGCCGUCUUCCUCCGGCGACGGUGCGUCCUCCACCACCUCGUCCAACAUCCAGCCCGAAGAGGACGUCGACGUCCAUGGCGGCGGCGGCGGCGACGACGCCGACCCGGGGCUCGAUCUGGAGCUACAGCGCCUGGGCUACACCGACUAG